AUGCAUCGUGCUCCUCCACGGUUCAUCCACCAACUGCUUCAUCCUUCAUUCAAUGUGGACGCGGCGCAGCAGUACACAUGUCCACUAGCCAGUCAACAACCGGUGCUCACCACUCAGGGCAUCAACCAGUUCUGCACGCAACCGGGUAAACGAGAUGACUGCCCAUUCAAUGCCUUAUGCCUGUCAGCUUCUAAUUCGCCUAAUCUCUUCAUAUGUUGUAGUUUUGUAGCAGCACAGGCACUCCCGACGUGUCCGAAAGGUGGCACACCACAGCCGUAUCCCGGUGGUUACAAGCCGUGUUCGUUAUUUUCAUCGACCGACUGCGAUGUCGGCUACUCUUGUGUUCGUGCUGUUAACGAUCGGUCGAUCCUCUUGUGCUGCUCAACGAAACCGACACAACUUCUCUGUCCGAAUGGCAGGGUUCUGUUAAUUGAACGUGGUCGUGCCGUGUACUGCAACCAAGCUCAGCCUCAGCAGUGUCCAUUCGGAUACACAUGUGAGGAAGCAGAUGGAACUCCUGGAACAUUUGUGUGCUGUGCUUCAGCACCUCAAGCAACGUGUCCAGCACCGUACCUUCCUAGUGUAAACGCUCAAGGGAAUCUGGCUGGUUAUACCUGUCAACUAUCAAUUCCGUUAGCCCAGUAUGUGUGUUGUGGAUUCGAAGCCGUUGCAGUUCUUUGUGCUGACGGUCGAAAAAUUUACCAACAAGUACAAGGUCAGACGUAUACAUGUAAUCCGUCAAUGUCUCAGUCUGUUUGUCCAUUCGGGUACGAGUGUGCUCCAUCUACAGUAGCAGGCGUCAGUGUGUGCUGCGCUACGAAUACCAGAACAGAGUCAAUCAAUGUCCACGAAGUUACUCCUGCGAGCAGAGCACUAGCGUACGUUAUCACUAGUCCUUUUGAAGACUAA